UCGCUUGCCAGACUCUAGCUUCUCGUAGCUGAAACAAUUUUUACAAUCGGUCUAAUAGUUUUAGAACCGUAAAUAUAAUAAAAAAAAGGGAAAUGUCAAUGUCAAUGUCAGCCACUCAAAUGUAAAUAUUUGCUCUUCUGUACGCGACUCUUUAAAUUAAUUAAAAUUUUUACAAAGUUAUUGUUAAAAGUAUUAUGUAAGUGCAAUAUAAUGUAUAUAUUUAUUUUUUGUAUAAAUUAUUACAGUUUAAACAAAAGACUUGAAAUGUAAGAAAAACUAAAAACGUGUCCAAUUUUGUGCAAAUUAUUGACGAAUUUAAAUUUAUUCCGCAGCUUAUAUAUUUGAAAUGGGAGAACGAAAAGGUCAAAACUUAUACUACCCCCCUGACUACGACCCCAAGGUCGGGGGGUUGAACAAAUUCCUUGGUACUCAUGCAUUGAGGGAACGAGCCAGAAAACUUCACAUGGGGAUUCUUAUAAUUCGCUUCGAAAUGCCAUAUAACAUCUGGUGCGACGGUUGCAACAACCACAUCGGUAUGGGUGUCAGAUAUAAUGCUGAGAAGAAGAAAAUAGGCAUGUAUUAUACCACACCGGUGUAUCAGUUCCGAAUGAAGUGUCACCUGUGUGACAAUCAUUUUGAGAUAAAAACAGAUCCUGGAAAUCUCGACUAUGUAAUAGUAUCAGGAGCGAGGCGCCAAGAAAAUAGAUGGGAUCCAACAGAAAAUGGGCAAAUAGUCCCAGAAACAAAAGAAACUCAGAAGAAACUCUUUGAUGAUGCUAUGUUUCGUCUCGAACACAAAACAGGGGAUGUAGAUGUGGCAAAGCAAGACAAACCAAGGCUCGGGAGACUUGUUGGUAGAAAUGAAACUGUUUGGAAAGAUGAUUAUGAUGCUAAUUGCCUGCUCAGAAGAAAUUUUAGGAAAAGAAGAAAAGAACUGGAACAAGCCUCUGUUAAUGACAGCCUACUUCUAGCAAAAUCCUCACUGAACAUAGAGCUGCUCCCAGAGAGUGAGGAAGACAGAAACUUGGCAUCUUUGUUAUCUUUGAGGUCUUCACACAGCAUAGAAGAGAAAGAGAGUCAAGUUAGAAAUAAAAUCAUGAACACACCAGCCUUACCAAGUUCUAGUGGUCUGUUGACCAAAUUUGGAGAGCUAAAAAAAGAAGAAUCAUUGAUUAAAAACUCACUAUUAACUAGAAAUUCUUUAGGCAUUAUGAUAAAAAAAGCAAAGCCAAAUACUGGUGAAACUAGAAGUCCAGAUAAAAUCAAUAUCACCCAAUUCCAUAAAGAAGAAUCAAAGGCCUGUAUAGAAAUGAAUUCAAAUGAAAUCAAAUUGGAUAAGUCUGAACCUGACUUUAAAAGUUACUCUGAAGUUGGAACUGAAACCAAAAAUAGUGUAAGCAAAAACAAUGAAAGCAAAUCAAGUACAUUAUCAUUGGUCUGUGACUAUAGUUCUAGUGGUGAAAAUUCAGAUUGACUAACUAGAGUAUCUUAUCGUAAUUUAGUAAGAAUACACAGCCUCCCUUUCAAGCAAAAGGUUUUUUUUGUUACUUUUUAAUUUAUAAAUCCAAACAACAAAUGUCUUUCUUUCCAGGUUUAUUAUAUUAUAUUCACAAGAGCUUUUAAAGAAAUCUACUAUAUUUCUAUAUAAUAGGUAGUAUAAUACUUUUUUUUUUAAAGAAAUUUAAGGUGUAGCUUUCUAUGCUGAUAGUAAUUUAUGAAUAUUAUAAUCUAUAUACUUUAGUAUGUUGUGUAUAUGUCGCAGCCAAGUGGUAUAAUCAGCCGACAAAUUGGGCGGCUAGCCCUCUAAUGAAAUUGAAUGGCGCCAUUCAAUUAAAGGGCUAGUCGCAAUAAAUAAUCAACCGACCAAUUGGG